AGGACGGCGAGAACAUGCGCUCGGUCCUGCCCCGCAUCCUGAAGGAGGACCUUUCGACCCCCCCGAGCCUAAGAGUUCGGUGGCGGACUCCUCGCCAGCCAGCCGCUCCGCCAGCAGCACUGCCGCCGGCUCUGGGAAAGCGGCGCCCGCGGACAGCGCGGCGCAGCCACGAAGCCCCCCGAGGGGGGCCGGCGCCUCCGCGGUUGCCGCCGCGGCCGCAGAGGUUCCAGGCCCAGAGAGGGUGCCUGAAAGACCGCCGUCGAAGAGCUUGCAGGAGAAGGCAGAUGGUCUUCCUGCUGGCAGUGCCCCUGGCCUUGCCGGAGGCAAAGCUCGAGAUCUUGCUUCAGGCUCGAAGACAGGCUGCCCCAGCCCGCGCGGUGGCACGCCGACGUGCCCCGAGGAUGCGCUGCACACGCUGGACCACCAGGUCUCCACGCACCUGCGCGCCAAGGUCCAGAAGCGCCACAGCUUCGGCCCUGGAGCCGCCACCGACCAGCAGCCGCAGCCCACGGGCGGCAGCACCGGCGGGGCCGGCAGCCGGAACCCCAGAGGGGCCACCAGCGCCGCCGCCACCAGCGUGGCGCCUCCGUUCCAGCUGCAGCACGUGCGGCCCAUCGUGGCCCCGCCCGCGCGCUCCGGGGCCUCGGCGCACGACUCGAGCGACCGCGCCGCGCCCUCGGGCUGGACGUCGCUGACGCUGCCGCCGGGGUCGCUGGGGAGGCCCGGCCCCGUCUGCGCGAGCUACGCGAGGACCGCCGAGCUGCCGGGGCGCAGCACUUUCACCGGCGGCAGGUGACUCGGGUCCGAUCGGUCCGCCGCCCCCUCUCGGGCGCCGUCCGUUGUUUUUUGUCCCAACAGCAUCAUCGUCAUCCUCGCCCUCGUCACCGAGGCCGCGGGCCCCCCACCUGUCACCAGCCAGGCGGGCGGGGCCCGCGGCCCCCAGCGCAUGCCUUCUCUGCGGCCCGCCGCUCCGCGGCCCUCGCGUGCGCGCGGGCGGCGCCUCGGGCUGCGCGGUCCUACAGCGGGGUGAAGGUGG